AUUCCUUUGACACAAGAAAUGGUCCAUAUCCCUAUAACUGCUUUCUACACAGUCUUCCAGACUGGAGGCGGUGCCAAUGGCUUGCCUGCCCGUGACACAUAGCGGCACUGCAUGCAUGCAACUUAUGCAAGACCCUGUGUGUCAAGAUCAGGGCCGCACUAAGAGACUCCGAAUAUUUCGUCCUUUCGCAUGCAGCCUUGACUGUCAACGAGAAUUGAGGAAGAAGCUGACUAGCGAAGCCUGUGCCCCAGACAGUGUGCCCCCUGUCAAAUCCCGGAAUCCUCGUCGUUAAGCCGUCUCGCAUAUGCAAGCUAGCCCGAACUUGCCAAGUUGGCAGACUGCAGAUCUGAGAAAGGGUGGGUCUCUGCAAGCAAGGAUGAAGAAAUUAUGCACUGAUCAAGCACUUCCUUGGCGCCAAACUCCGGCGAAUAGGUAUGUGACCAGGAUACAGAGGCAAUAUAGUGGCCAACAAAUCAGCUGCUUUCACAGCAGCACUUCCAAGUUUUCCUUCUCACCAAGCCACCACCAGACUCUUCCCCCCGCCCGCAGUGCUUGUUUUUCAGAAGUUCUACUCAGCCUAGCAGCCUGACUCAGUUCAGAAAAGCUGCGGGGUAAGCGGCGCUGCCACUAUCGAGUGGAGCAGCAGGGGAGCGGUGCUUACUUUGUUUAGCAGCGAAGCAGGCUUGAGGUGUCGCUUACGCAAGCAGCGAGCUAGCUGGCCUGGUUUCUCCCGUCGUAGAAAGUUUUGUCUACUGACUUCAACGCAAGCCUCAAGGCUGCAGCUCUGCUUAUUGAUCUUAGUGUAGUAGCUUCUCCCCAGCUUGUGUUUGUAGAACACUGAGUUUCUAGCAACUAGCUGCACCUUGGACCAUUCAACAAGUGGAGCCUUGGGAGAUCAGAGAAAGGCUCCCCAGCUGGAGCACAAAGCCACCACCAAUCCUUUGCUCAUUCCCUUAAGUACUUUGCGAGUAGAGUGAUCCAGCAAAGAUGUUGUCAGUAGUGUCCAGCGCGCUCGAUGCCGCCGACAGCCCCACAGCGAAGACUCUCGUCUCCAAAACAUUACCCCAGUCCAAAUUCCGUCCCCUUCUCGGUAUACUCGCUGCGGGUAUUCUUUGCACGACGCUCAUCCUUUCCCGCGAGAUCCUCCAGAGCCUCACCCAGGGCAGCCAGGACGGAUCCCCUACGGACGACACUUUCUCUGAACUUGAUUUCAUUGCGAACACACGGGCGGCUGCGAAUUUGACGGAGGAACAGUGGCUGAAAGAGUAUAAGCAUUACUAUGGGACGAAUGUGUAUAAGAUCCGGGCGAAAUUGUUGGCGGAGCGGUUGAAGAAGCUGGGAGCGCCACUUGUCAAGUUUUCAACUGGGGAGGAGAGCGAGGCGCCGGCAGCGCCGUAUUGCCAGCAGCGGGACAUUGACAACCCACCAAGCACUGAUCUCUCCAUCGCCCCAGGGGCCUUUGUCCGGAAAGUGUACGACGCGGUGCUGUUUCUGAACGAGCUGGACCUGCUGGAGAUGCGCCUCAUGGAACUGGAGAACGUCGUGCACAAGUUUGUACUCGUCCAGUGCCCGCUGACGUUUAUGAACCACGAGCGGCCCCUGACUGACGUCACCAAGCUGGAGCGGUUCCGGCGCUGGUGGCCCCAGAUCGAGAACGCGUACUGCGAUCUGGAAACGUUCCCGAAAGACGCCCCGAGCGCGUGGGACCGGGAAAGACACAUGCGCGACGUGCUUUGGGAUGCGGUUAAGGGGCGGGUUACCAGUGAAGACCUGGUCAUGACUGGCGACCUCGAUGAGUUGCCCAAGGCCCACGUGGUCCACGCGCUACGUCAGCAGAGAGACGCGAAGGCUUUCCCCGUGAUCCUGCGCAUGCCAUUGUGGCGCUUCACCUUCGCGUGCAUCGACCGCGACUGGAAGGACGACAAGCAGAUGUGGCCAGGGACCGUCGUGACGAUAGGCAAGUUCGCGCACGGCGGCCACUGGGACACCGACUGGGCGCAGCUGCACGCCGACGGGAACACGGUGCGCGCGAAGCUGCGCAACAAGUUCUCCACGGACAUUCCGUCGAACCACGUCAUCGACUGCGGCGGCUGGCACUGCAGUUCUUGCCUCCCGCUCGAGCACUACGUCACCAAGGUCUCCGAGUACAGCCACGCGUCGGAAGUCAGCAACGACUACCGGGACCAUGACGUGGUGCGCGAGACGGCCGCCACGUGUAUGUUCGGGGUGCUGUACCGGAUGCGGUCGACCGAGGGGUUACCUCGAGGGAUUGUGGAAAACGCGGACCGGUACGGAUACAUGCUACCGGUGUAGGUCGGGGAACUCUACCGGUAUGGGUACAUGCUUCGGGGAUUCUUGCUGUCGUAGGUACAUGCUUCUCGCAUAGGGGAGGGGGAGUCUACCGGUGUGGUUACGUGCUUCCCGUGUAGGCUGGGAGUUUCUACCGUUCUGAGGUCAUGCUCCCCAUAUAGGUCGGGGGACUCUACCGGUAUAAGGACGUGCUAUCCCUGUAAGCCGAAGGAGUUUACCGGUAUAGGGGCGUUCUUCCCGUUUAGGUCGGGGGACUCUACCGGUCUGGGUAGAUGCUACAGGUGGAGGCCGGGGACUUCUACCGGUCGGCUUGCGGUUGCCGGCAGAGCGUCCUGGACUCAGCAAAAUUUUGCAUUCGAAAUACACUGCAACCGACCUUCGUACCGGGAGUUUUAGAUCCCUUUAUAGCUCGUCGCUACACAAGCGAAGCGCGCGCCGGAAAGAGUUACGCUCGGUUGAACAACUGUAAACUGUUCUCCUUUAGAACGUCGAUCACAAAGGCUGAGCUGCCCGCAUGCAAUUGCUUCACAAACACGCACGAAGACAGUGAUAACUCGAUUUUUGUUUGCAAUAAGGGCGUCAGCGCUCGUCAUCCACUUCAUAAACAUCCCCAUGGUGAUUUGAGAAGAAGGGUUUUUGGCAACAGACUCUGAACAGACCGCGACUUUUUUGAAAACAAUACGGUGUAAGUCGAAAGGUAUUACCGAU